AUGGAGAUGGAGCUGAAGGAUCGCGAGAAAACGUUGAGAUGGUUAUCAUGUUCUUCCUUUGAAACCGAGGUACGGGAGUUUGAUAAAAAUUGGGUCCCUGAAACAUGCAAAUGGGUGAACUCGCUUCAAGAGUACAAGAAGUGGGAUGAUGCCAGUGCGGGCGCUCCUCAAUUUCUCUGGAUAUUUGGAAAGCUUGGUUGUGGAAAAACAUUUCUCUCACACUCUAUUAGAAAGAGGCUGUCACAAGAGGGCGGUAUUGUUCUAUACUUUUACUUCAACUCAAAACAGGAGGACAGCGGAAAACAGUCGGCCAAGGGAUUCUACCAAACUAUUAUAUAUCAACUUCUCAAAGCUCUUGAAGGCACAGCUAUAUCUGCCGACUGCUACUCGGUUGCACAUGAGUUGAGGAGAAAUACCGGAGCCAAUACUUCGAUCACCAACGAAAGUCUUCUCAGCACUCUAAAGAACAUCCUAAUAAAGAUCGGGACGAGGGUCACUAUAGUAGUUGACGCUCUAGACGAGUGCAAGGAGGACGACCAGGAGUUUGUGGAAAGCAGCGUUUCAUUGUGCCGCGAUAUCCCCUCCCUCAAGGUCGUGAUUACAAGCAGGCCGGAAUUGAAUAUAGUUGAUCGUUUCAAGAAGAUAUCGUCAGUAAUCAAUAUCCAACUCGGCUUCUCCAGAACAGAGUCCAAUCAUGAUAUUGAUCUCUACAUCGAGCAACGUCUCCAGAAUUCUAAAAUGUUGGGUGACAAAAUGUUUCCGGAAAUGACACAAGAGAUAAGGGAAAAGCUCCGCAAGAAGGCUGAUGGCCUGUUUCUCUAUGUAAGGCUCAUGCUCGAUCUCCUAGAACUGCAAGUCACAGAAGAAGGCAUACGGAAUGAAUUGGAAAGUCUGCCGGAGACUCUAGUCGGUCUCUACCAGAACACCCUCCAAACCAUGGAGAAGAAUGCCUCCAAAGAUCUACGGGAGAUGGCACAACGUGUUCUCCGUUGGGUGCUUGCUGCACAGCGACCACUGACUAUCGACGGGCUUAUGAUGGCGCUCAGGGCUGAGAACCUGAAGACCAAGGAGAACCCAACAAUCAGUGAUCUAGGCCCCUUCAUACCGAAUUACCGCGAACGGCUUUGGCAGAUUUGCUUUCCGCUUCUGGAAGUCCUUGAAGAUAAUACAGUACAGGUGAUUCACGUAUCGUUGAGGCAAUACCUCCUCGGUCAAAAUAUCUCCGGACACGAACCCGUGACUGCUGCAGGCGGAGACCAUAGUUACUUCCGAUAUAACCUCCCGAAAGAGCAUAUCGAGCUAGCUCUCACAUGUGUUGCUUAUUUAUCUGUCCAGACAAUGAAGCCAGUUGGCCUUUCACAGGUCGAAAGUGAUGGGAAUGUGGAGAAACCCGAGGAGUUCUUUGCGUACGCAACUCUCGAAUGGACCGGGCAUUGCCUAUCGUCAGGGGAAGGUUACUUCCGGGAGGAGAGUGACAGAAAGCUCUUGACGUUUUUUCAGGGGCCCGAUCAAUUCAAGACCUGGACUGAAGACCGCGCGGCCCUUGACGAAAGGUUUGCCGUCUACUUUAACUUAGGAAUUGGCACGGGGGGGCUGAUAACGGGCCAACUCCCAAGCCUAAUCUACAUCUGUACAUAUUUUGGAUUAGCCACAUUGUCGAGAGCAUUGAUCACUCAAGACCCGGGUCAACUUGGUCUCCGGGAUGCUACCGGUAGGACGCCGCUCCACAUUGCCGCGGAGAGAAAUUGGGCGACCCUAGUCGAUGUUUAUAUCGCGCAAGCGCUGGAAUCACGGAAACAACAAUCAUAUAACCACAAAUACCGGAAGUAUAACACCACAUAUAGUCCGUUGGUGGAGUCCAAGGACAACAGCGGGAAGACUGCCCUUCAUCUUGCCGCUGCCAGGGGGAACCGUCUCCCUGUGAUUAGCCUACGCAAAGCUGGAUACAGUGCCGACUCGCCCGACAACCUUCUCCAAACUCCUGUUUUACUAGCGGCGCUAUCCGGAGAUAGGGAUGUUGUUCUCGAAUUAUGCAGUAACGCUGAAUCCCUGAAGUGUGCGAGUAAAUCCGGACUUACACCGCUUGAUUGUCUCAUAACGCAUGGGCAUGAGGAGACACUUAAAAGCUUGCUUUCGUCAGGUAAAGUGCCGGAAGUCUUGCCCAAAUCUUCACACUUGGCCUUUAUCACUGCGGCACGUAAGAGCUUCAUAGGUGUGGUUGACGUAUUACUACAAGCAAAGAUCGACGUCAAUGCCAAAGAUAAUAUGCAACAAACUGCCCUUCAUAGAGCAGCAACAUGGGGGCACACCGAGGUGGCCGAAUUACUUCUUCGACCAGAGUGGAAGACGGAUGUGGAUGCGGAAGACCAAUCCAACAGAACCCCGCUCUAUUUCGCCGCGGCAGGAGGGCAUAUAGCUAUUGUUAAGUGCCUCAUACAGGCUGGAGCCAACGUUUAUGCCCUCGAUAGAUGCAAUCAAACAGUCCUCUUCGAACCGGCCGGGAGAGGAUACACGGCAAUUGUAAAGGAACUACUAGGCUCCGGGGUUCGAGCUGAACAGGUGGAUCAUCGGAAGCGUUCAGCCCUCCAUUGGGCUUCUGGAUAUGGCCGGAGAGGGGUGAUAGAGCUGCUACUAAAUGCGGGGGUGGAUCUGCAUGGAGAGGAGAGGGAGAAGGAAACACCACUACAUUGGGCUGCACAGAACGGGCACGAUACGGUGAUUGAACAGCUCAUAAACGCCGGGGCCAAGGUUGGAGCAAGAGAUGAGCAAGGACGAACACCACUUCAUCACGGUGCGUGGCGGGGGAUGCAAGCUUCCGUUUACGCUCUUCUGAAAUACGCAUCCACACCGGACGUUGUCGACAAUAAUGGGCGUACACCUCUGUACUGGGGAGUAGUAUCUGGGGAUUCGGGUGUCAUACAGACUCUGCUCGAUGUCUACGCAAACAUCACGGCCGGGGAUACGCGUGGCGUAACACCUCUGCAUAUCGCCGCUCGCUACGGGCAUGACGCAGUUUUAAAGCGUUUUCUUGAUACCGAAGCCUACCUGGAAGUGAGGGACAACAAAAAUGCAACUCCACUACAAUAUGCAGCUCAAGCAGGAAAGCAGAACGCGAUCCGUCUCCUGCUUGAUGCCGGCGCAUCUCCCAUAGCUGCAGACUUCAAAAAGCGGACACCGACAUAUUGGAGUCAAAGCGAACUGUAUGAGGCCAAGGAAAACUCAGAGUCGAAAUAUCUUUCGCAGCUCCCGAGCAUACAUGAGGCUGCGAGGAAGGGCGAAGAUACCACUAUCCGGAAUCUCAUCACCAGAGGAAUAAAUAUCGAUGCAAAGGAUGCUCGUGGACGGUCGGCUCUGCACUGGGCGGCUCUCAGAGGUCAUAGCGCAGUAUUCUUACGCCUUGUCCUUGCCGCCGGGGCCAACAUUGAGCUUUCCGAUGACGCAGGGCAAACAGCGCUUCACCUAGGUGUCGAAAGUCAAUACCCAGCAGUAGUUCGACAGUGCCUAGUAGAUGGGGCAGAUGUCAUGGUAAAGGACUCCCGUGGGCAAACUCCGUUGCACUUGGCUGUGGAGUGGGGGCUGGAGGAGAUUGUAACACAGCUACUCGAAUCCCCAGGCUCCCGAGUGGUUGUAAGCAUUGCAGAUAACUGGUCUCGAACACCAUUGCACUUUGCGGCGGAGGGUGGAUCGAAAGCAAUUCUUGUCAAACUCCUGGCGUAUGGGGCCUCUACCAUAAAUAGCUGCGAUUAUAAGGGUCAAACACCUCUUCAUCGGGCAGCGCGUAAGGGACACCACGCCGUCGUUGAGGAACUACUCAAGGCCGGGGCGAAGCUUGAUGUAACCGAUAACAAUACGCGAACGGCUUUGCAUCUGGCAGUGAAAUAUGGAUACCCUACUGUGGUCGAGAAGCUCCUAGAGGCAGGGGCUAACGUAGCUGCAAGGGAUAAAAGUGGCAGAACAGCGCUCUAUCUAGCAGUGGGUAAUGGUCAUGAGAGUGUAGUGGAUGUCCUCCUCAAAUCUCGCUCGGGAGUCGACGCCAAGGGCAGCGCCAACGUCAAAGACAGCGAAAACAUUACGCCUCUCCAAUACGCGGCCGAGAAAGGAUGGGCAGGUGUGGCAAAACGUCUUUUGAAUGCUGGGGCGGUCAUAUCAACCCAAGAUAAUCUGGAAAGAACCGCCCUUCACCUUGCCGCCCAGAACGGCCACAAAGCAACAGUCGAUACCUUACUAGAUGCUGGGGCGGGCGUUGGUAUCAAAGACUAUUGGCAGAAAACACCACUGUGCUGGGCUUCAAAGAAUGGGCAUUAUACAAUCGUCGCGAGACUGCUGGGUGCAGGUGCCAAGACUGGUGUCAUCGGUGAUGCGCUGGAUACACCUCUGUGUUCAGCGGCCCAAAAUAACGAUGAAAAGAUAGUCAAGUUAUUAAUAGAUGCUGGAGCGGACCCUGACGCUACACUUUAUGAAACGGGGGAAACACCUCUUCACAUGGCGGUCAAGAAUGGCAACCUGGUGGUGAUGAGGUACUUACUCGAUUCCUGUGCCGAUGUUAGAGACCUGGACGCUUCUCAGGAAUCACCGCUUCACUAUGCAGCCCGCAAGGGUCAUGCCAAUGCUGCGAAACUAUUGCUACAGUGUGGCGCGGAUAUGGAGGCACGGAAUGCCGAAGGGAAAACACCAGCGGAUAUUGCAAAACUAUCACAGCAAACCAAAAUCAUGGAAUUCUUUGUCCGGUUCAGUUCAUAA